GAUCAAGCCAGUGCAUUUUCAAGGAGGAAUUAAAAUGUCUCGACGAAGCAGUGUGGCAGGCCAGAGCCGUUACAGCUCUUCUGGAAAGUCCCAGAGAUCUGAGUCCCAUGGGAAAUACAGCAACCCCAGAUCCAACAAGCAAAACAGCCAGGGAAAUGUACUCUGUGAUUUCUGCAUGGAAAAAAAGAUGAAGGCUGUGAAGUCCUGUCUCACAUGCCUUACCUCAUUCUGCGAGACUCAUCUGCAGGCUCAUUAUGAUUACCCAGCUUUAAUGAAACACAAGUUGGUGGCAGCGACAGGGCAGCUAAAGGAAAAGAUCUGCGCAGAACAUGACAAACUGCUGGAGGUCUUCUGCCGCUCUGAUCAGAUGUGUGUCUGUGUUCUGUGCAUCAUGGAUGAACACAAAAAACACGACAUUGUCUCAGCUGCAGCUGAGAGGACAGAGAAACAGAAACAGCUUAGUAGUAAACUAAUGGCUUCUCAGCAGAAGAUCAAUGAGAGGGUAAAGAAGUGGCAAGACUUGAUGCAGGCUACAGAGACUUUAAAGCACUCAUCUCAGAGUGUGUUGGAGGAAAAUGAGAGAAUAUUCACAGAGAUGAUGCAAGCUCUGGAGAGGAGGUACGCUGACGUAAAGGAGAUGGUCCGAGCCCAGGAAACAGCCCUGAUGAUUCAGGCUGAGAGACAAUUAAUGAGAAUGGAAGAAGAAAUCACAUUACUGAGGAUGAAACACAAUGACCUGGAAAGGCUUUCUCACUCUGAAGAUCACAUACAUUUUUUACAGAGCUGGCAGUCUCUUUCAACACCCUCAGGAUAUGAGGACUUGUCCAAAUUGACAUUGGCCCCACUUCACUCUUUUGAUAACGUUAAGAAAGCUAUCUCUGAGCUUAAGGUGCAAGUAGAAGAUGUAAGCAAGGGAGAACUGAAUAAGAUCUCAGCUGCAGCAAGAGAAGUUCAAAUUCUGCAGAUUCUGGACCCCAAAAAAAGAGAGGAAUUUUUACAGUAUUACUGUCAGCUUUCACUGGAUCCUUUAACAGUUCACCCAAACCUACACCUGUCCAAAGGAAACACAGUGGUGCAAAUGAGCAGUGAGCAAAAUUCUUACCCUGACAACCCAGAGAGAUUCGACCACUGGCAGCAAGUGCUGUGUAGAGAGGGUAUGACCGGCAGCCGUUACUACUGGGAGACUGAUUGGAGCGGCACAGAAGUAGACAUUGCAGUGACUUAUAAGGAGGCGAGCAGAAAGGGCAGCGACAAUAUUUGCAGCUUUGGCUGGAAUGACAAAUCUUGGAGUCUGUAUUGCACUGAGUCAAAGUGCACCUUCAUGCACAGCAGUAAGCGUAUCUCUUUAACAGCGCCCAAUUCAUCAAGAAUAGGAGUGUAUUUAGACCACAAAGGUGGAACACUUGCAUUUUAUAGCAUCUCAGACACAGUGACUCUUAUCCACAGAGUACAUACCUCAUUCACUCAGCCACUCUAUGCAGGGUUUGGAGUGUGGGGCUAUGGAAGUACUGUAAAGAUACUUUAAAAAUGCUUCAUGUAGUUAAAUACACUGGGGAUAUUUUAUAAAAGCAUUUGAUUUACUUAUUUGUAAGACUUUAUCUCAUACUCACAUGCUUAUUUAAAUAUGUUUCCUUACAUAAAUUUAACCACAGCGUUUCAGGUGCAAUAAUGUAAAAAGAGAGAAACCACUCUAGAUAACUAAAGAACUGAAAACACCACAGCAGAUACAUAAAAAAAACACUAGAUGGCGUUAUUUGUUCUCUUUGUUACAGACACUGAUUUUAA